UCCCUAGGUACAUUUGUCAAUGCGAUGUGAUUGCAAUCAGGAGAUCGUGGAAUUCGACUGUCCGUGUGUGCUCCACAAAUUAAUUAAUCCCAUGAGCUACCAGUGUUUCAGAGCGCACGGAAACCAGCCGCCACGACGUCUUUCUCCUAUUGGCGCAUUUGUUUCCCCAUGCGUACCCGUCCAUUGCCUGAUCGUCAUUGAACUUUGCGAAACGACGCGCGGUGUAGUUCAAGCGUCUCUAUAAGAUCAGGGCAUUAUCUUCCAUUCGUUACUUCAGUGAUUCGAUUCUUCAAUUCUUCCUUGACCUAUCUAACCAAUUCAAACAACAAAUCCGUCAAGAUGAAGACCAUCGCGUUUGCCCUCUCAGCCACCGCGCUCGCCAACGCCGCUGCCAUCCGGCGCCAGAACGACUACGGGUACCAAUUCUCAAAUGCGCUUUCCACCGGCCCUGUAGCAACCAACUCCUUUAUCCGCGAAGCAAACACCACCCUGAUCCUGCCUGAAACGAACAGUCCCCAAACCGGCAACCUCGCGCUGUGGCCUGGUAUGGGCACGAGCGGCGGUGACCUGAUUCAGGGUCUCGCGAUCUCGGUUUCCGAUGGCAGCGCCGGCUGCGAGAAGUCGUCUGGAAAGUGGUGCAUUGUCGCGAGCACGCUUGAGGAUACUCAGCAGAUGGGCAAGUUUGUAACUGCUGAUCCUGGCUCGUCUGUGACUUUCCAUUACAAGUACAACGACGGCACAGCCAAGUACGACCAAACCGUCUCCCUCGACGGCACAGUCGUCUCAACUUUGUCUACCGACAGCGGGAAAGCACAGGGCUGGGGCACAGCCGUUGAGUGCCAGCAGGCUGCUUGCGGUACGGUGCCGGCGCACAAAUAUGUCGACACGACGCUGAUCAUGGACGUGGCCGAUCCGAACUACGAACAGACCAAGGGCGUGACUGGCGCGACUGGCGACUUGGUCACUGCGGAUGGAGGCAAGACUUGGACUAUCGAGACGAUUAGCAUUGAGUCGCACACUUAUACUUAGAUGCGGCCGGGAGGAUUGCAGGUGGACACCAUUUUUUCUUCCUCUGUAUAUAUACUUCUAUUGUACCAAUUGAUACUUUGGCAAUCGGCGAGUGUCGGGGAUAAUUUCGCUUUCACGUAGGCGAUGCAAAGACCAAACUCCGCCGUCGCAUCAUGUUGAGCCUAAGCACCUCUCCGAUUGUGAGGCAU